UCCUUCCUUCGUCAGUUUUGAUUAGCAUCAGGAUUUUGGGAAAUGCAUGUUGUUUAAUGGUACUACAUGCAACAAUACCAAUAGCAACUCUUAAAGUGUUUGAGACAACAGUGAAUUAUUCUACGUGUAUUUAACAAAUUUAAACAAGUAAAAGUUGUUUUGAAUAUUAGAUUCAUACAUCAGCAGUGAAAUCUGGUUGUAGUCCUUCAAGAUAUUGUACAGAUUUAUUCGGUAAUUAUUUGUAAACAAUUCUGUGUUAAGAGUUGUGAAUUGAACACAUUGUCAUUACAGAACAGGACAGGACAUAAGGCUAAAAUGAAUCCAGAAUAUUCUUUAGAAUUUCCUUUGAAAAGUGAAACUGAAGGUGCAUUAUCACUACCUUCCAUAAAUCAAGAAAACUGCAACUUGGCUGACUUUAGUGGAACCAGUGAUGGAGACUUUUUGUCUCUGGAUCCAUUGAUGGAUAUCAAAAUAGAGCCAGAGGAAUUCUAUGAGUCUAAUGAAGAUGAUGAAUAUUCAUAUGAAAUGAAUUCAAUAGUGAAUGAUAAACAUCCGCAAACUUGCAAAAAGGAAGUAAAACAAGAAAGAAGGAAUAGUCACAAUGGAGAGAAGCCUUUCAUAUCCACUGACUGUGAGAAAGCAUUUUACAAGAAAAUCAAUCUUACAAAUGAUAUCACAAAUCCUACCAGAGAGAAAUUCAUAUGCAAUGACUGUGGGAAAACAUUUUCCUUGAAACAUAAUCUUAUAGCUCAUAUGAGAAUCCAUACAGGAGAGAAGCCAUUCAUGUGCAAGGAAUGUGGGAAAGGAUUUGCCCACAAACAUCAUCUUACAAUUCACAUGAGAAUCCACAGUGGAGAGAAACCAUUCAUGUGCAAGGAAUGUGGGAAAGCAUUUCCCAGGAAAGAUAGCCUUACAAUUCAUAUGAGAAUCCAUACUGGAGAGAAGCUAUUCGUGUGCAAGAAAUGUGGGAAAAUAUUUCCCAGGAAAGGUGAUCUUAAAAUUCAUAUGAGAAUCCACACUGGAGAGAAACCAUUCAUGUGCAACGAAUGUGGGAAAGCAUUUUCCCACAAACCAAGUCUUACUUGUCAUAUGAGAUUGCAUACUGGAGAGAAGCCAUAUAUGUGCAAGGAAUGUGGGAAAGCAUUUCCCAUGAAACAACGUCUUGCAAUUCAUAUGAGGUUGCAUACUGGAGAGAAACCAUUCCUGUGCAAGGAAUGUGGGAAAGCAUUUUCCCGCAAAUCAAGUCUUACACGGCAUAUGAGAUUGCAUACUAGAGAGGAAAAAGAAACAACAUGAUAAAAUAAACCAUUUAAGGGCAGAGAUCUCUCAAAUGACCAACUAUAUGAGAGAACAAAAUCACUCAUAAAAUCUGCUCAAGAAAAUAAGGAAAAUAAAAAAAAAUAGGGAAUGAACAAGUGAGUGGAAGACUAAUAAGAACACCAAGCCAAUAUAAAGGCCCUAGCUUCACAUGUAGGAAACAAACAACAGAAGAUAAAAUUGAAACAGAUAAAUAGGCAGUUUGGUGAAAAUCCAAAGAUUGUGUAUAGGAAGAUGACAAAAGAAAACAGUGGAGGUACGAACACCGAGCAAGGAAGACCUAGAGAGAUUUUGGAAGCCACUGUUUGAAGUUCUUAGACAAAACCAAGGGAAUUCAUGGAUUGACACCAUUAGGCAGAACAACAACCAGAAACAGCAAAUGCCACCAAUAAACUUCACCAUGGAAAAAGUAACAAAACUAAAAGAAUAUAGUAAUUCCAAGACACCAGGAAUACGCAAGAUCUCAAAUUUCUGGCUAAAAAACAUCACAGCACUACACCACACUUAUGUGCAAGCCUUCUCAAGAAUAGUAAGAGGAGAAGAAUCACCAGAGUGGCUCACAACAAGAAAUACCAACCUUCUCCCUAAAAGCUCCGAGACUGAGCUCCCUAACAAAUAUAGGGUCAUCUGCUGCCUACCAACAACCUACAACUAGAUCAAGGCAAAUAUAUGGAAAAAGAACAAAAGGGAUGCACAAGAAACAAACUUAGCAAUAAAGGUCAACUGCUAAUAAACAAAACAAUAUUAGAAGAUUGUAAGAAAAGACAAAGGAACCUUAAUGUGGCUUGGAUAGAUUACAAAAAGGCAUUUGACAGCAUCCCACACACAUUGAUAUUCAAAAUUAUGGAACUAUAUAACAUCAUUGAGGAAAUAAGAUCUUUCCUGGCAGUACAGAUAAGUGGAAGACCAUUCUCUGUCUAAAACACUCUUGAGGGCCAGAUAGUAAUUCCAGACAUAAAGAUCAAAAGAGGAAUAUUCCUGGGUGCCAGCCUCUCACCACAUCUAUUCUGCUUGACCAUAGAUCUGCUUAGUAAAAUCUUGAUCAACAUUAACACUGGCUAUGACCUAAGCAAAAGCAGAAACCACCUGCUCUUCAUGAUGUUGUGUGCAGAAAAAUUAGAAGAACAAGUUAUGACAGUCCACCAAUUCUCAACUGACACCUGCAUGGAGGUUGGACAAGUGUGCCAAGAGUAUAAUAAAGAGAGGGAAGAGAGUAACAUCAGAAGGCAUAAAGGUAGAGGAGGGCAUAUUUGUUGAAGACCAGGUGGAGGAGUCUGCAUGUAAGUACUUGGGAAUAGAAGAAAACACUGGCAUAGAACACAAUUAAGUGACAGAAAAGAUAAAAAAAGAAUACAUCAGCCACUUAAAGAAUUAACACCAAAGAACAAGAUCACUGUCAUAAACCAGCUGGUGAUACCAGUGGCGACAUGUGGUUUUGGCAUUAUAGACUGCAUGGCCACUCAGUGAGUUAGACAGGAUGGAUAUUAAAAGAUUCUCACCCUACAUACAGACACCAGUGUAUGGACAGAAUAUACCUCCCUCACAGAGAAUGUGGGUUAGGCCUGACUGAGAUCAACCAGGCCUACAGAGCACCAAUAGUAAGUCAAGGGCAGUACUUGAAAAGCUCUGAGGACAAAAAUAUCAAAAAGGUUGCCCAACACCAUAAUGGAGUCCUGAGCCAACUAACAUCAGUGACAAAACGGGCUAAGAACUUUGCAGAUCUGAUAAAAGACACAGAGGAUACCAAACAGACCAACAGCAACAAUAGCCACAAAAACUAAGCAGAAAUACAGUGACAGAGAGGAGAGACUUAAAAUGGAAAGGUAGAAAGACCAUGGAAGGACAGGAAGAUUUCAAGAAGAAUUGGAAAAGUUACAUAGACAAAGAAGAGUCACUUAGAUUGAUAAGAAAUGGAGAUCCAGGUUAUGAUGGAGAAAGACUGAUAAUAGGAGCACAAGACCAAGGCCUCCUGACAAACGGCUUCAAGAAAAUACCAGGCACAUCAGUAAAUGACCAGUGUAGGUUUUGUCAUGCAGUGGUUGAGAGUGUUAGUCAUCUGAUAUCAGCCUGCAAGACCCUGCUUGCAGAUGGUCGCUACACAAGCCCACCACAACAAGAUCUGUAAAUAUAUAUUGGAAAAUAUGUAAAGAAUAUAGAAUUGAAGUGACAGGAAAAGUCUGGGAGCAUGAACCAGAUCCAAUCACCUCCAAGGAAAUUCCAACAGGAAGAUAUAUAGAAGGUGUUACUAUGAGACCUGAUAUUGUGAUCUGAAACAAGGAGGAAUAAACAGCAAAGAUUAUAGAUGUGCCAGUACCCAGUGACUUUGGCCUCAAUAGAGCUGAAAGGCAUAAAAUAACAAAAUACCAAGACCUGAAGAAUGACCUGAAAAGCACAUGGGAACAGAAAGGAAUAGAAAAAAAAUACAUUUGGUGGUAAGAGCAACAGGGCAUAUAAAGAAAAAUUUGAGAAAAUAUCUCCAGGGUAUACGAAGUUGCCCAGUAUAAAUGAGGUGCAGAUUUCUGCCCUCAAAGCAAUGGUAAACACCUUAAAACGAGCCCUUGGGUAUAAGGCUAGUGGAUUAUAGAGGUACAACCAUAGACUCCAGGCUGGGGCCCAUUGCACCCCUGAUAUAAAUUGAAAAUUAGAAUAACAUAGUAAGCCAGAGAGAAACCAUAUAGUUGCUCUAUAUGUCAAAGAAGUUUUUCUCAACCAAGUCCUCUCAAAAGACACAAGAAUUCACACUAGACAGAAACUGUUUACUUGAUCUCUGUCCAAGUAGUUUUUAUUACAUGAUUUUAUUUAACUCGACUCCUGUGUCUGUUUUUAAUGAAGGUGUCUCAAGAGGUAUGUGAAAACUCAUGCUAGAAAGAAGUAAUAUCCUGUAUCUGCACUUGGUUUCCAAGAAGUCUUUUUUUCUUUUUUUUCAUUAGGUUCAUCUUAGAAUGAAUGUGUUAACUCAGAAGAAAGGCGAUGUAGAAACAGUUUUUCUAUUGGAGAUUCAUAACAGAUGUGAGCACUCAUGGAGGAUAGAUAUUGUUCUUUCACACUGCAUGUUGUACUUUUGUCUUGUAUUCUGCAAAUCACAGUCAUUGGUUCUGAAUGCCAGACUGUUUUUCAGGUGUCAAAAUGCUGCACAAGGAAAGUCACUCAUCAGGGAGGAUGUUCAGUUACACUGACAGAUUUGUUAAUGUUUUACACCCCAAAGUAAGUUGCACUGGAUGUGGAGAUAAUUAUUAUGAACUCUUCUGCAAAAUCUAUAGAAAAAAAGGCAACAGCAACCUAAGGGACGAUAAAAAGAAAAACCAUAUUUAUAUUUUUAUGAUCCAAUUCAUGACCAUCAUCAUUGCUGUUACUCAAAGAAGAGAAGGAGAAUCUGGAGGAAGGUCUCACUGAAAAUGCAAAUGAAGGCUCUUCAUUUGCAGAGUCUUUAUUAGAAGUCAAGGCAGAGCCAAAGUAUUUUGGCCAGAGUGAAUUUGAUGCAAAAUGGUUGUGUAACCUUUAUGCAAAGGUAAAAUUACCUUUAGUUUUUUUUUUUAAUUGUUCUCAAUGAACACUGUACAGUGCUAGGUUAAGAAUCUUUCCUUUGCCUUAUCCAUUUAUCUUGUUCCUGUGUAUUUGUGUAUGAUUUACAAAUAAAGAAUUAGUAUUGUCUUUGACUGACAUGGUUUUCUUCCUUUUGUUAUUCAGCAUUGUGCAUAUAUGCACUUUUAUAUGUACUUGUAAGCUUGAAUAUUUCCUUGAAAUGUUAUUCUUAGUGGAAAUAGAAAGGAUUGAUAUCUUCAUUAAACUUCAAUGAGAUUCAGGUGCAGUUUUAUUUUAUUAUUUUUUAUAUGUUCUUGGUUUUAAUCUUCUACAAAGAAUGUGCUACAGCAUUUGUAAGUAAAUACUAAUGUCUUGUAUUAGCUCACUAAAUACAG